UGAUCACGUGGUACGGUUGGUUGCCACGACAACUCCAAAUGAGCGGCAACAACAGGCAGUGUUUAUCCAGCAGUUUCUUCUGCGUUCUUCUUCUGGAGUAAAGCCAGCUUGUCUCGGACAAUGUCGGACGUAGGAUCCGAUGAGCUCGACGAAGGAAGUCCUGACGGCAGGUACGAAGGAGACAGAAAUGAAGAAGGAGAGAGGCAUGGAUUUGGAAAAGCUUUUUUCCCCAAUGGAGACAUGUACGAGGGGGAUUAUAAGAACGGAAUGAGACAUGGACAGGGAACAUAUCGCUUUUGUAAUGGGGCAAGAUAUAUAGGAGGCUAUUACCAGAAUAGGAAACAUGAACAGGGCGUCUUCUACUAUCCCGAUGGAUCCAAAUAUGAAGGGUCAUGGUUAGAGGACCUGAGACAUGGGCACGGCAUCUACACCUAUCCCAACGGAGAUACCUAUGUUGGAGAAUGGCAAUCCAACAAGAGGCAUGGCCAGGGCUUGUACCACUACAAGGAUACUGGUGUAAAGUACACUGGCACAUGGGUGAAUGGCAGCAUGGAGCUGAUUGGAGAAUACGUCUUCCCUAACUGCAGAUACAAGGGCAACUUCGUCAACAACCAGCCUCAGGGUGCAGGGAGUUAUGUGUUUGACCACGGCUAUGAACAGCAUGGAGAAUACCAGCUAACAGAGCAGCUGCUCUCUGAAACGGAGUCAGAUGAGCUGGCCACCAUUCCUGUCAAGUGGAUUCCUACGCAUGUCCCCAGCUCAAUUCCUCUGGACCCUGGAAACGAAUUUAUGUGAACCCCAACAGUAGAACUUCCACUGCAAUCAAACCUUGUCAUUUUUGUGGAACAAUGAAAUGAUUAAAUAAGUUGCUGAUUUAUUUAGAUUUUAAAACAACUACUUUGAUGUUCAUUUUGUUUUUUGAUUCUCUUUCGUCUGACAGUAAUAUGAUUGAAGUGGGAAGACAUAAAAGUACAAAACUAACAACUGCAAAAAUAAAAUAUACAAUAUUCUGUUUUCAUGAGAUUGAUUUUCACAGCUGUAGAAUUUGUGUAAUCAUGUUAGCACAUAGUUUUAUUACAUUAACCCUAUCCACCUGAGGCUUAACAUGGAACCAAAGGUACACUAUCUCUGUGAAGCAAGGGGACUGGAGCACUCAUGUGGAUAUGUAUUUAUUAAAUGCAAAUAAAAAACCAACAUUUUGACGCCAUAUGUGUCCAUCUA